CGCGCUCUCAUUGGUUGGAGGCUGAAAUCUGCUCUCUGAUUGGCUGGCUCGCUGUGAGGGCUCUGCCGGGCCGCGGCCCCCGCCCGGAGCGUCUCGGGUGAGGCGGGGGGGGCGUGAGGGAGCCCCGGGACCCCCCGGGAGCCCUCGAUUUUUCAAAAUAUUUCUGCUCUGAAACCUCCGGAAUUCCACCCAAAAAAUGUCCAGGAAGCAGCAGCCCAAAGAUCCCUCGGGAUUCGUGUUCGACGUUCGCUCCGGGGCUGUGCGGGCGCAGGGCGGCGCCGAGAACAUGAGGGAGAAGGUCCAGGCCGUGCGGGCGGUGGUUCCCAACCGCAGCAACACCGAGAUCGUGCUGGUGCUGCAGCACUUCGACAACGCCGUCGACAGCGCCGUGCGCGCCUUCGUGGAAGGGAAUGCCAGCGAGGUGCUCAAGGAAUGGACGGUGACUGGCAAAAAAAAGAACAAGAAGAAGAAGCCCAAGGCCGCCCCCGGCCCCGCCCCCGCAGGGAAACCCCGGGAGGGGGAAAAUUGGGAAAAGGCGGAAAAUUCCGGAACAGCCCUCAACGGUUUCCAUGGCAACGGCCCCGGGUCCCUGGAGUCGCUGAGCGACGGCCCCGAGGGGGGGGCAGCAGCCCUGGGAGAUGGAAUUCGGGAUUUUCCCAAUUUUCCCGAUUUUCCGGCCUCUCCAGCCCCGUCCCAGCCCCCGCGGAGCCUCCGGAGCAGUCCCGGCUCCCCUGGAGGGAGAAAAACGGGCUCGGGGCUGGAGAAGUCCCUGAAGGAUCUGCAGCGCUGCUCCGUGGCCCUGGCGCGGUUCCGGGCGCUGCUGCGGGAGGAGCUGGAGAAUUCCCUGCGCAGGGUGAAGCUGGCAUUCGGAGAGAUCCAGAGCUGCCUCAUGGAUCGCGAGGUUGCUCUGCUGGCAGAGAUGGACAAAGUCAAGGCGGAAGCAAUGGAGCUGCUCUCCCUGCGGCAGCGCCGGGCCGAGGCGCUGCGGGAGCUGACGGAGGCGGCUCCGGCCAUGUCGGAGGAGCAGCUGCUGGAGCUGAGGGCCGACAUCAAGCACUUUGUCAGCGAGCGCAAGUUCGAUGAGGAGCUGGGCCGGGCCGGGCGCUUCGGCUGCGACCUGGAGGCGCUGAGGGGCAGCAUCGGGAGCUUCGGGCAAGUUUCCCACCCCCGGCCCAGCUAUUCCAGCCGCUCCCGCUGCAGCUCCGGCCCCGCGGGAUCGGGAUCGGCCCCGGGAUCAUCCCUGGGAUCAACCACAGAAUUCCCACCGGGAUCAUCCUCGGGAUCCCCCCCGGAAUUCCCACCAGGAUCGGCUCCGGGAGCGCCCCCGGGAGCGCCCCCGGAAUUCCCGGGACCCCCCGAGGGCAGCGCGGCCCCAGCGGAGCCACAGCCCCCCCCAAGGAGCCGGAAGCCGCCUCAGCCCCGCCCCUCCCCCCAGCACCCUCCGGGAAUUCCCAAAAACCCCGAAAUUCCCAAAACCGCCGAAAUUCCCAAGAACCCGCAGCCCCCGCCGGCCCCCAGGGGCGCCCGGAGCCGCCGGGAGGGGCCGGGGAGGGCCCGGAGGAGCCGCCCCGAGGGCGCCAAUUCCUGACCCGGGACCUUCCCCGCCCCCGGGCCACUCUCUGCUCUUUUCCAUGGUUUUUUCCUUUUUUUCCCUAAUUUCCCCCCUCUUUUUUCCUGUUUUUUUCCCCCAUUUUUCCCCCUCUUUUUUCCCUGUUUUUCCCCCCCCCCUCUUCCCGACUUUUUCCCACCGGGAUUUUCGGGCUUUGCUUUUGUCCCAAUCCCGGGAUUUUCCCCCCCAAUUCCCAAAAUCUCCGCCCCGGCCUCGCGCUGGCAGCGAGGGAAGGGACGGGAGGGGAACGGGGAGGGAAAUUUGGGAAUUUGGGGGGAAAUUCGGGAAUUUUGGGGGGAAAUUUGGGAUUUGGGGUCCCCUGAAAUCCGGGAAUGUUCCCCCUGGAAUUUGGGAAUUUUCCCUUUGGAAUUUGGGGUGUCACUUCUGUGUGUCCCCCCCCAAAUUUUGGGAAUGUUCCCAUUGGGAUUUUGGGAAUUUUCCCUUUGGAAUUUGGGAUUCCCCCGUGGAAUUCGGGGCGUCCCUCCCUCCUCUCCCCCCCCCCCGAACACUCCAGGAUUUUUGGAUUUUCUCUGGAAUUUAUUUCAGGAAUUUUCUCUCCCCCUCCCCCCAACCCCAGCCCCAAAUUUCCAGGAAUUUUUGGGAAUUUUUGGGACAUUUCAGGAGAAAUUCCUCCAUUUUUCUGUUCCUUUUUUUCCCCCCAUCUUUUUUCCGAGUUUGUUUUUUUUUGGGAAUUUUUUCCCCCUUUAAUGAAGGAAAACUCGAGAACAAAUCCAAUAAAAACUUUGGAGCUUUAAAAAUCGGGAAUUUCUUGGGGGAGGGACAAAAAUCCCAAAAUUCUGGGAUGGGGGAGG